CACUCUUUCUUUCUGCCCAAAAAUUUUCCGCAAAUUAAAUGUCAACAGACAGUGACAUCUCAAGCUCUAUCAUUCUCUUUACAGCAGAUGUCGCAAUGUGGAAUCUCAAUGGGACGUCCGUUGACAUGUUCCUGAAGAGGCCCGUAAUUUCUGAGGCACGAAAAUUGCUGGAGAAUGCCAAAGUGCCCUUUGAUGUUGUGAUAGAUGAUCUUCAGCAUGCGAUCGAUACAGAGAAUCCACCGCCUGAAGUCAUUGAGCAACUUCAGAAUCGCAAAGGCCACAGAAUGACAUGGAGUGCCUAUCACAGGCUGUCGGAUGUUCACGGGUACCUUGAGUACCUGGCCAAGACUUAUCCCGAGCUCUGCAGCGUGCAGUCCAUCGGGAACUCAAUCGAGGGCCGUCCCUUGCUCGUACUCCGCAUCUCCAAUGGGGGUGUUCACAACAAGGCCAUCUGGAUAGACGGAGGCAUCCAUGCGAGAGAGUGGAUCUCUCCAGCCACUGUCACUUACAUCAUAGAUCAGCUGGUGGAGUACCGCGAGGAUCAGCCCAAGUACGUGCAGGACAUCGACUGGUACAUACUGCCAGUGGCCAAUCCCGACGGGUACGAGUACACGCAUCUCGUGGACAGGCUCUGGAGGAAGAACCGACGUCCGUCCACCAACGGAAGAUGCCACGGGGUGGACUUAAACAGGAACUUUGGAUACCACUGGGGCGGCCAGGGAGCUUCCAGGCAGCCCUGCGCCGAGACCUUCGCCGGGCAGAACGCUUUUUCAGAGCCCGAGACACUGGCGCAGAGAGAUUUCUUUGCGCGAAGCGGUGCCAACUUCCAGGGAUAUCUCAGCUUCCAUAGCUAUGGCCAAUACAUCCUCUAUCCCUGGGGAUACGACCGCGUAGUGCCCCCGGAUCACAAGGAUCUCGAGAAGUUGGGCCGGGAAGCGGCGGCGCUUAUGAAACAGUCCGGAGGCGCAACUUACUCCGUGGGACCGUCCGGGAGCUUGCUAUACCCAGCUUCCGGAGGCUCUGAUGACUGGGGAAAGGGCACUCUGGGCAUUAAAUACUGCUACACAAUUGAACUGAGAGACUCAGGACGCAGUGGCUUCAUUCUGCCCGCCAAUCAGAUCAUCGCCGCCAGCAAAGAAGCCCAGAUCUUCACGUACAAAGUCGCCGAAGCCAUCACACAUGGCUAAAGCUCGGGAUUUCCCAGUUUUUUCUACUCACUAUUUAAGUAUGUAGCC